CGCCAACACGCGACGCACUGCCUAGCUCGACAUGGAGGGCGAGAUGGAUGUCGAUGUACCUGAGUUGCGGGGCACGAAGCGCCCAGUGGAGGAGAAGGAUGUUUCUGAACCUCCUAAGCCGAAGCGGAUCAAGGCCCUAGAUCCCGAUGUUGUUAAUAAAAUUGCCGCUGGAGAAAUCAUUGUCGCGCCGAUGCACGCACUCAAGGAGCUGAUUGAAAACGCCGUGGAUGCGGGAUCCACAUCGAUUGAGGUUCUCGUCAAAGAUGGUGGGCUGAAGCUACUACAAAUUACGGACAAUGGACAUGGCAUUGACCGUGAUGAUCUUCCCAUCCUCUGCGAGCGAUUUACAACGUCCAAACUGAAAGAAUUCGAAGACCUCUCUUCUAUCGGAACAUACGGUUUCCGUGGCGAAGCGUUGGCAAGUAUCAGUCAUAUUGCUCACUUGACGGUGACAACAAAGACCGCGGGAUCCAGCUGUGCCUGGCGAGCGCACUACGGUGAUGGCAAGCUUGUCCCGGCUAAGCCAGGUCAACCUGCUGCGCCGAAGGCUACGGCUGGACGAGGAGGGACACAGAUAACCGUGGAGGAUUUGUUCUACAAUGUUCCCACUCGUCGUCGCGCCUUUCGCUCAGCAAGUGAAGAGUAUGCCAAGAUCCUCGACGUGGUCGGCAGGUAUGCGGUACACUGUGCUGGAGUCGCUUUCUCAUGUCGCAAGCAUGGCGAUUCAGGGGUCAGUAUCUCGACCCCGUCAGUUGCCAAUACAAUUGACCGGAUUCGCCAAAUUCACGGUAGCGCGGUCGCCAACGAGUUGGUCGAGUUCAAAGUCUCUGAAGAUAAGCUUGGUUUUCGUGCUUCGGGUCUUGCGACAAACGCCAACUACCAUGUUAAGAAGACCGCUAUCCUCCUCUUCAUCAACCAUCGCGCCGUCGAAUCGACCGCAAUCAAACGGGCCGUGGAACAGACCUACUCAGCCUUCUUGCCUAAAGGUGGCCAUCCUUUCCUGUAUCUCGACCUAGAGAUCGAACCCAAUCGCGUCGAUGUCAAUGUCCACCCGACGAAGAGGGAGGUCAACUUUUUGAACGAAGACGAGAUCAUCGAGAUGGUCUGCGACGAGAUCAGGUCCAAAUUAGCUCAAGUCGACUCGAGUCGUACCUUUCUCACUCAAAGUCUCCUUCCGGGCGUACAGACCAUCGAAACACUUCAACCAUCAUCUAAAGAUGAUGCCGCGGAUGGGAAAGCAGCGGCUACUCCCAAGACACCGGCACCAAUGAAACGCCCAUACGAAAAUAAUCUAGUCCGAACGGACUCCAAAAUCCGCAAAAUCACCUCGAUGCUCACUCCCGCACCCGUACCAUCACCGUCUGGCCAGGGUAUAUCUACCGAGCCCGGCAUCCCACCACCCGCCAUUCAAGAUGACGGACUACAGUACGAGAUCACAGAUCGCCAGCCACUCCGAAUCGCCCUGACAUCUGUCAAAAAUCUCCGCAGCGCCGUUCGUGCCACCAUGCACAACACAUUGACCGAGAUGUUUGCGUCACACACAUACGUCGGCCUGGUAGACGAGCGACGCCGUCUCGUCGCCAUUCAAUCUGGCGUGAAACUCUACCUGGUAGACUAUGGACUCGCAUGCAACGAAUUAUUCUACCAAGUCGGCCUAACAGAUUUUGGAAACUUCGGUGUGAUCACCCUAGAUCCACCGCCGAAGCUGGUCGAUCUACUGAAAAUUGCAGUUGAUGCCGAGACAGAGGAACAAGCAGACGGAAAUAAACCGGAAGCUGCCAGCAUUCUGGUCAAGGCCGCGGAAUCAAUCUCCCGGACCCUGGUCGAGCGACGGGAGAUGCUUGACGAGUACUUUUCGAUGAAAGUCAGUGAAGACGGGGAGUUGCUUACGCUCCCGCUGCUCUUGAAGGGGUAUGUCCCAUCGCUAGCGAAGCUACCGCGCUUCCUACUUCGUCUUGGUCCGUACGUGGACUGGACGGGCGAGGAGGAGUGCUUCCGUACUUUCUUGCGUGAGCUGGCUGCCUUUUAUACACCAGAGCAACUCCCAGUUCUCCCGUCACCGCCGUCGAGGGAUCUUUCAGCGAAUCCCAUUACGGAGGCCGGGCAGGAACGCCCCCAACCCAACGCAGAGGACCCAGUAGAAUGGAACGAAGAUCCAUUAAUCCAGGCGCGCCGUGCGCAGAUGAUGAGAAUGUUGGAGCAUGCUGUCUUCCCGGCCAUUCGCUCGCGAUUGGUUGCUACAUCCCGAAUGCUUAAGGGAGUAGUCGAGGUUGCCGAUCUAAAGGGUCUUUACAGAGUAUUUGAGCGAUGCUAAGCGUCCCAAACAACCCGGCACGAACCGUAGACUUAUCAGUUACGAAUAUAGGAUACAAGUUACAAAGACAAAGAAAAACUCCAGACCCCUGGAUAGCAUUCAAAAUAAGAUACUGUAGAUCCCGUAGUCCUGACGAUUGACCAUGCCCGUCCUUGCCCAUACCCUGUAACACAUGGCCUUGAUCCAGUACAGCCUGAAGGUAUAAAAAAGAUAAGAAAGAAAAAAAGAAAUGCGGUGUCAGUUUGGCACAUAAGAUCCAUGAACCGCGAAAAAUCUGCCCACAAACCCUGUAUCAGUAGGGAUGAUCGCUCGAUAUUCCUGACCUCAGAGAUGAUGAAGUACAAUAAGGAACACAAAUUAUCCAUAUUCUGCAGCCUGAUGGUGUGGACAAUGAGGCAUCGGAAAGUCCCCGGAAGAAAUAAAAAGGUAAAAGCGGUGCGUAACCCGGAGACAUGGAAGAAAGGGAAAUUGACCUGCCAUGGUUGCAAAGUCGAAACGGAAAAGUGUGGUAGGAAAUUGUCAAGGUAAGAUGUAGCGUUGCAUCGUCAAUCCAUGUGGUUGGAUCAUUGCCAUCGAUCCAUCGGGGGAAUUCUCGCAACGCCCAGCGCCAAACUCAAAUACAAAUCAAUCAACAAGUCAUCCCUCGUUCAAAAAGUCGUGUGUCAAAUCGUCCGAAUAUAAUAGGAAAAGAACCAAAAGUCCUGCAUGGCCGGAGAGAAAUCAAAAAGGAGCCGGUAUGAUGAAAAUCGGCCAUGCGCAAGGUAACGGUGAAAUUCACCAAAGUGAACGAACAAAUAUUAAGAAUAUCGAAAGCGGGCCUAUCAAGUCGGAGCUUCGAGAAGUGUAUGCAGGGUUUCGAAGAAGAGGCUGACGGUAUGAGGGUAGCAUUGUGCUGUAAAUCAGGUUCUCGAGUACGGUUUGUUCAGGAGAGCGAUCUCACGCGAGACGGUCGCCCAUUCUAACUCGCGUUUUGAAGGGGUGCCUCGCUUUUGCUUUUGCAGUUGUUCC